AAAGGCAUCGGGCUCGAGGUCAAGAAUUUGCAACUAUGACAAAAAUUCAAUUUCCUGUGAAAACAAAAAUUGAAUGUGAAAAACAAGGGGAUUGGAUAAGUAUUACUCCAGGUAAUUUCUUGACGAAUUCAUAAAAUGGACCUUUAGAAAAUUGGCUUAUAAUGACGAGUAAGGCAUGGAUAUCACGCCAAUUGUGAAGAAAUUAUUACGAGCAGACGAAAAAGUUUUAUACUGCGUGCUUGGUCGAGUGAUAGAGGACAACAUACAGGCAGACCGAUACAUUGCCAUUGUCCAGAAGCAAGCAGACACUGCAUUAUUUUUGUUUUCUUCGCGGGGAAUCCCCUGCAGCAGUGAGGGAGACUUGUCAGUGGAGGAUGUGAUAAAAAUCAACGAGGAUUUCCACCUAAGGCAAAAUAAUGUCAACAGACAGUCUUCUAUAGAUGACUUUGAUCCUUUGAAAAACACUGAGCAGGUGGUGGACCUUUAUAUCGGGAAAAAGAACCUCCGUGUAUUGUUACAGGAUGCCCUGUCCGCUAAGUCUCUGAUUGGAUGGAUACAGAAAGCACAGAAUCCAAAUGCACCCUCUUGGAGCCUCCCAUGUAAUCUCCUUACAGAACUCCCUCAAGGUGCCCCUCAGGGCUUGCCCUCCUCCUUUGCAUGGACAGACAAGUAUCGACACUCCCAGUCCGGCUGUCUGUUUGCUGCUAAUCCGCACCAUCAGGAUAAUCCAUUCCUCCACGACACCUUUAAUCCUGGCUCCACAGAUAAUCCUUUCCAGGAAGAUGUGUUUGAUCCACUGAAAUACAUGAAUAUUUCAGAUGGACAGAAGAGAGUCGUAGCCACUGAUAAUGUUCCAAGGAGACAGAAAGCUAUGUCAGCAGAUAUGAAUACAGGGGAAACAAUGUCAGCCUUACGUAAAACAGAAAGUAGAGAUUCUAUCGACCUGAUUGGAGAUUACUAUGGUGAUGAGGACAACACAAAUGGGGGCGUUCCCGAUUCCUUGAAGUUGAUCACCAACCAGCUGGGGAUCCCUGGGUCAGGGGUGGAGCUGGUCAACAACUUGAAGCCGACCACGAUGCGGGAGCACGUGGUCAAGCAUUACAUGCGACAGAGGGAGGAGGAGUUUACUUACAAGAAACAUUACACUAUAUUUUGUGGAACCUGGAACGUAAAUGGACAAAACCCGCCUGUAACCCUCAAACAGUGGCUAGACAGAGUGCCCGAUCCACCGGAUAUCUACGUCAUAGGAUUUCAAGAGCUGGACCUCAGUAAUCAGGCCUAUGUGUUCAGCGACUCGCGGAAAGAGGAACAGUGGAAGAAUGCCGUCAGGAAAAGUCUACCUGUCAAGGGCAAGUACAGAAAGGUCAAGUUGAUUCGCAUGGUGGGGAUCAUGAUGCUUGUGUACGUCAAGGAAUCCCUCGUCCCCGACGUCCCGCCAAGUCUUGUCGACGCUGACACAGUCGCCACAGGAAUCAUGGGAAUUAUGGGUAACAAGGGUGGGGUGGGAGUGAGGAUGACCCUACACAACACCUCCCUGUGUUUUAUCAACACCCAUCUAGCGGCCCACCAGGAGGAGUACGAAAGGAGGAACCAGGAUUACCGUGAUGUGGAGAGUAAGAUGAGGUUCAAGAACUUUGCUCCUCCAUUAACGAUUUCUGAGCAUGACCAGGUCUUUUGGAUUGGUGAUCUGAACUACAGGAUAAACGGUCUGGACAUUGACAAAGUGAAGACCAUGAUUGACAAGAUGAAGUACCGGGAUCUUCUUAGUUAUGAUCAGCUUCACCAGCAGCUGGGCAGAUCUGAUGUGUUCAAGGGCUACAAGGAGGGGAUCAUAGGAUUCCGGCCGACCUAUAAAUACGACACGGGCACCAACGAGUGGGACUCGAGUGAGAAGAGCCGAAUCCCUGCCUGGUGUGACAGGAUCCUGUAUAAGGGGGCGGGGAUAGAACAGGUCCACUACAUCUCCCACCCAGACCUUACGAUCAGUGACCACAAACCAGUCUCCUCACUGUUCAAUGUAGAGGUGAAAGUUGUUGACAGAGAGAAAUCCAACAAAGUGUAUGAGGACGUUAUGAAGAAACUAGACAGGCUGGAAAAUGACUACCUACCUCAAGUCAAAUUAGACAAGACAGAGUUCCAAUUUAAAGAUGUGAUGUUUAUUGAGAAGAAGGCAGAAAUUCUGACUGUCUGCAAUAUAGGACAGGUCCCUGUGGAGUUUGAAUUCAUCAAUAAAUUGGAGGAACAGAGCUACUGUCAGCCCUGGCUAAAGAUAACCCCUUUUAAAUCUGUGAUAACCCCAGGCUCCAGUUGUGAGAUCCGGUUGGAGGUGCUGGUUGAUAAGUCCUGUGUGGCGACACUUGACGCCUCAAACCAUGUCCUAGAUGACAUCCUAGUCCUACACCUCACAGGUGGCAAAGACUUCUUUAUUACCGUGAAUGGGAACUUCAUUCCGUCCAGCUUUGGAUGCUCAUUGGAGGCUCUGGUCCAGAUGCAUGGACCCAUCAGAGAGACCCCCACCGCCCAGCUUAUAGAGAUUGAGCAGCCUGGCAGUCUGAUGUCGCGGGACCUGACCCAGGGGGGCAGACUGUACGCGGUCCCCAAGGAGGUGUGGCGGCUGGUGGACCACAUCUGGCACUACGGCAGGGAUGAGGAAGAGCUAUUUCAACAGCGUGGAUUAAAGAAUGAGUUGGCGGCCAUUAGAGAUUGCCUGGAUACAGGCGUACCAGACAAAAUCCCUGGGAGCGUACACUCGGUAACGGAGGCCCUGCUACUUUUCCUGGAGUGUCUCCCGGACCCGGUCAUUCCGAGCCGCGUCUACUACCGGAGUUUGGAGUGCUCUGGGAACUACAUGCUGUGUAAACAGCUGAUAUCAGAAAUCCCGGAGCAUCACAAGAACCUGUUCCGAUAUCUGUGUGCUUUCCUGAGGGAACUGUUGAAUCACUCUGACAAAAACAAGCUGGAUAUCAGUAUACUAGCGUCCAUCUUUGGAGAGAUCUUCCUUCGUCCCCCUCCAAACACUCUGAUCAGGUCACUGUCCACUCCUGCCGGGAAAGCGAAGGCCAUGGAGGAGGAGAUGAAGAGGACAGCCUUUGUUACGCACUUCCUGUCUAAUGAGUUCGACGAAUAAUGAAGUGGAAUCUAGGACACCUGUGAUGUAGUGGAAUUCAGUGAAUCUUAUAGUCAGUGUGUUGAUUCAGUAGAGGAGAUCUUCAGGGGAUGCAAUUAACAUUGCCGUCAGGGUGCUGUGAAGGGAUGAAUGUUGAAUGAUGUAGGAGAAAUGAGAAUUAGGGGAAUUUGAUAAGGUAUUCCGUUGAGGCUCUGUGAUCAAGUUUGACAGUUUCAUCAAUGAACAGCUGUUGCAAUGAGCACUCCUGAUUUUAGGAGGGACAAAGUGUUGCAAUUUAUGAGAUUGACAGAAACAAAGGAAAUAGUAUAUUACACAGAAUUACUUAAAUACUAAUAUACACAUGUAUGUGUAUUAAAUACAUGUUUUUGAAAUUUAGUUCUUCAGUUUAUCAAGCAUUGCCCAAUUCUGGCAAAUUCUAGCAAACUGUGAAAAAUGUGUUACAAGGGAGAUAACUUUUCAUGAAUUUUCUUUUUUUAAAACGUUCUGCAUAUCAUUGUGAUUAAGAUAAUUGUGUUUUCUGAAGCUUUGUAAAGAUGUUACAGUGUUCUAUUGUAAAGGUCCAAAUAUGCCCUCAUAAAAUUGCAUUUGUGAAUUGUGAACUGAAGGUGAGACAGUAGAAUUUAAAUCUUAAAUGCUUCAUACAUGUAGCUGUCAAUAUCGCAUUUUUAAUUUGCAUGUAUUUAUUUUAGUUUAGUUUUAAUUAAGAAUUUUUUCUUCUGUUUUUAUUUCUUUAUAUACAUUACUGUAUGGAAUAUAAAUCUUUUGAUUUGAAUGAAAUUUAUGAAAAUGAAGAUAUGAAUAAUUAUGAUAAUAGCUAAUAAACAGUAUGAAAAUCUUGAUAUUUUUGAUUUUCAAAACAGAAUAAAGCAAAGUUAAUAAUGGAAAUGAACCAUAUUUGAUUAACAGUGUUUGUUAAUUAAGAAUUGAUGAGUAGUAUUAUCCUUGUAAAUUUUUUCCAAGAUAAGAUUCCCAUUUAAUAAUGUGUAUAUGAUUAUUUUCGCAAAAACUGUAUCAACUAUGUAUUCAGAAUUUAUGAUUUUUAAGAAAAACAAAUGCAGAUUAUAAAGAGUGUCCCAGUUAUCUACUUAGCAACAUUUCCAUAACUGUACUAUGACUCAUGAGAGAGAGGAUUUCAUUUUGUUGGUGAAAAAAAUUAUAUUAAAUGUGAGCCUGUCUGGAAACUGCUAUAAUUCUAGCUAUUGGUAGGCCUACAUAUACAAUCUUCAAAUUCUGUAACAAAUGAUCUGAUUGGCUUGACAUUCAUGCCAUGUUAUGUUCUCUCUUGCAUAAAUUGUAGGGAGAAUCUUAAAAGCUUGGAAAUGAAUUCAGUAACCAAAUAUUUUAAAAUGCAUGACGUAGGUUUAUAUUAUGCCUAUUAACUAUAUUACCUUUUAAUUCAUAUCUAGGAUAAGGUAUAAGAGUUAACUUUUAAGAGGCUAGGCAUGCUAUUUUACGCAUUGAUGUUAUCAAGUCUCUAGUGUUUGUUGGUGAUAACAGAAAGAGGUGUUACCCAAUUCUAAUUUUGGACCAAACAUUAAGUGGAAAUUAAGAAAGAUAUGCUGGAUUCCUUUACUAUAUUCCCAGUAUUACACUUGUGUGAUGAUAAUACAUUUUAAUCUUCUUAAUUUUGCAACAAUGCAAAAAAUGACUCCCCCUUCUUGCCCCACCCCUUCAAUAAGUAGUGGGGAGGGAUAAAGGGGCAUUAUAGACUAGUCCCCAUUCAGCAUGCUGGAGACAAUUUUAUGUUUUGAUGAGUGGCCAGGGAGAGCUUGGAACAUUUUUAUCUAAAUGUUUAUCAUUAUGUAAUAGUAGAAUUCUUGGGGAAAGGGCAUUUUUGAAAAUUUUUCUGGUAGUAUUUUCAGUUCCUUAUUAUUGCAGGGAGAAGUCAUUCUAAGUCCCAAGAGUUUAACAUGUAGCAGCUCAUAUUUGUGUACACAUAUUUUUUUUUUAUUUUAUCAUUACCUGUACCUAAGUGCUGUCAUAUAUAUAAAAUUUAUGUUAACUUUAUUUAUUUGAUUCAAAGCCAUGUAACAUAUAGCAUCCCUUUUCAAAUUCAACAAAGGAAAAAGAAAUGUUCUGUGUACUGCUGUUCAAACUGCUCAUGAAAAAAACUAAAAUGAUCAAAUUGAAUGACAAGGUAUAUAAAAUCAUGUUUCUAUUUUUAACCACACUUUUUGGGGGGGGGGGGGGGGUAGGUGUUUCUGCACAUAAAGAUUUCAAUGUUGUUUUACCCAAUAUUUUUUUUUUCACACAAAAGUGAUGGGCUUUGUUAAAAUAUUGCACAAUAAAAAUAAAGAAUUCAAAGAAGAUUUUUGAAUAAAGAUUAAUGACUUCAUAAUUAUCUAAAUUGUUAAGUAGUUAUCAGUUUUUGUACACCUUGUUAUAGGAAAACUUUCUGAGUGCAGAAAGCAUGCAGAAAGAAUAAAAGACCUAAAUUGCUGAGUAAUAUAUUUAUGGAAUUUUUGCAUUUGAUUUUGAAUUGAUAUGAGUGUGGUGAAAUAGCAGUCUGAUAAUAUAAGCUUUUAUUGUAGCAUUUGUAGUACAUUUAUCAGUUUCAGUACUUUGAUUGCUUGCGUAAACAGCUGAUUGUGAAUGCAGAGCUCAUUCAGAUCUGAUGUAAUUGUUGUAAUUCAUUACUCUAUCUUCAUGAUAUUUAUAAUUGUAUUCAUACAUACAGUACAGUAAUGCAAUGUUGAAUACGCCUUUAUGCUUAAGUGCAAGUAAAUGGCAAUAAAAUUCAGAAAUAAUUUGA